AAACAAACUUUCACUUUUGCGAAGUCGUCGAGACAGCAGACAUUCCAGAAAGAACCCAAUUUAGUUUUGCUCGUUUUCACACAGUCGUCUAGAGGUAGUGAUCAGACUUAAGGUAUUGUUGAUAAGACGCAGGUGUGUCCACAAUGGCGGCGCUGACUGAUUGCAAGAUGUCAGUAAUCUUUCUGGCGAUGUUCCUUCUCGGCCACCAUAGAGUCCAAACCUUCAAACUGAACAAUGACGUUCUGUCGUUCGUAGAUACUGAUUCAUCAGUCGAGACGGAGCACGGCAGUUCUCGUCCAGAUCCGUCAUCAUACCACUCAAUGGAAGAUGAUCACAAUGAUUACAGUGAUUCUGAAGAUGAUGAUCAUGAUAACGAUGAUGAUCAUGAUGAUGCUUCGUCAAUACAACUAUCGGCUCUGCAGGCCGAGUCUUCUGUUCCUGAUGAUGAUCCGGACUUUGUUCCGUCAGAAAUUGAUUUGUCUAACGACUCUCCGAGUUCCUCAUCUGAUGACCACGAGCCGGAAGAUCUGGACUUUGUUCCGUCAGAAAUUGAUUUGUCUAACGGCUCUGAUGCGAUCUCCCAUGACUACGAGUCGGAAGAUCCGGACUUCGUUCCUUCAGAAACUGAUUUGUCUAACGACUCUCAGAGUUCCUCAUCUGAUGACCACGAGCCGGAAGAUCUGGACUUUGUUCCGUCAGAAAUUGAUUUGUCUAACGGCUCUGAUGCGAUCUCCCAUGACUACGAGUCGGAAGAUCCGGACUUCGUUCCUUCAGAAACUGAUUUGUCUAACGACUCUCAGAGUUCCUCAUCUGAUGACCACGAGCCGGAAGAUCUGGACUUUGUUCUGUCAGAAAUUGAUUUGUCUAACGGCUCUGAUGCGAUCUCCCAUGACUACGAGUCGGAAGAUCCGGACUUCGUUCCUUCAGAAACUGAUUUGUCUAACGACUCUCAGAGUUCCUCAUCUGAUGACCACGAGCCGGAAGAUCUGGACUUUGUUCCGUCAGAAAUUGAUUUGUCUAACGACUCUGAUGCGAUCUCCCAUGACUACGAGUCGGAAGAUCCGGACUUUGUUCCGUCAGAAGUUGAUUUGUCUAACGACUCUCCGAGUUCCUCAUCUGAUGACCAAGAGUCAGAAGAUUCGGUAAUUGCUCAGUCAGAUCUGCCAGUUGAACAGUCCAAAGAUUCGCAAGAGACACGUGGCAUUGGUUCGUCUCCAAGCACCCAGUUGAGAGAGCAUGACAAAGAUAAGACAUCCAGAAGGCGCGGGAAACAGUGGGGCGGUUCACCCCCUACCCGACGACUGAAUGAAAUCAGACAAGCAGACGCUGAAUAUUUUGAUUUGUACCUCUGCGGACAAUUUCUUGACAUUACUGAGGAUGACAGCAAUCGUUUCGCAGUCUUGGGCUUUAACUACGCCGGUCGGUCGCAGCCAUUUCUUCCCUGUCAAGACCCAUCCUCAGUUAGAGAAACUGUGAAUUACUUGUACCGUACUCAAACAGACAGCCUGAAUGCUUUCCAGCAAGUACUUCGCGAUUUACCAGCAGCCUGGCAAAGGUACAUAGCUGAGAAAGGCUCUGCCCCAAGAACAGUCCAUAUCUUCUCUUUCAACGCACCGGCAAAUGUUGACGAUGUUGUUCAGUUUCUUCAGUUGCGGACUUCAGAACCUUACAGCUCAGCUCGUUUCAUCCUCGGCUACGCUAACCAGAGAGUAGAGAUUGAAAACGGGAAAUCCGACUUGGACGGAGACUUUGUUGAUUUAAUGGAACAGUUACGCCUAGCAAAGGUGGACGCAGUCCUAGUUUGCGGUCGGUGUCUGAAAGUGGCGGGUUACCCGGUAGGCGGGCGUAGACGCAACACCAUGAGGUACGGCAUGUCGGCUCUUCCAUGGCCAAUUAGCUCACAAUGUCGCAUCGAUCAAGAAGAUAACAUUCCAGGCGCAGACUUCACCCAAAAAACAUGUAAUAGCUUCCAGAAGUCCGUAGCAAAGUGUGCUGUCCGGUCUUUGGACCGUCGCUUAUCCAGAGACGAUGACACCACCAGAGAUGCUGUGUCCGGUCGGGGCACCAACGAAGACCUGCAACGGAAACUGGGUGAAGUCACUAGAAUCUGUAUAAGAGACAAACGUUGUUGGAGAAAGGAAAGUGCAUCAAUUCGUGAUCUGUUUGUAUCUUCGGAAGAAGUCCCUGGUAGUCAUCGUCGAAGAGGACCAAAGUUAGAUUUCGGCAAGAUAAUAGAACGAUGUGUUUCAGGGGCACGAAAACUGCCACUUGACUUGGAAGACUUCCAACGUCACUGAUACAAACAGUACAAUGUAUAUUAAGGGAAGGCUAUAGGUGGCAGCACAUAUUAUAAUCUAGACCUUAUCGCAAAUACUCGGUACACGCGCUUUAGGCAUGGACUGAGGUGCAUGCUGGUCUAGCUAGCGAUCAUAGUCUGGAGCGCGAUUACCGGUUGGUCUGAACAGGAGUGCGUUUU